AUGAUCGCAAGAGCACAUACCAGCCAUUUAGGACCAGAUGCUUGUGUUCGAAGAGCACGAGAUGUCCUAUUUUGGCCAGGCAUGAUAGGGGAAAUCACAGAGAAAGUAAAGUCGUGUAGUACUUGUAAUGACUUUUUGGCCAAACAACAGAAAGAGCCAUUAAUGACACACAGCAUUCCGAAUACACCUUGGUCCAAAGUUGGACAAGAUUUAUUCAUGAUUUACAGAGAAAACUACUUGGUUACUGUAGAUUACUAUAGUGACUAUUUUGAGAUAGAUCACCUUGAAGACACCACGUCAUCAACAAUUAUCGAUGCGACAAAGUCUCAUUUCGCAAGACACGGAAUCGCGGACAUGAUGACAGAUAAUGGUCCGCAGUAUACCAGCGAUGAAUUCUCUGCUUUCGUACAUAAAUGGGAAUUCAAACAUACAAACAAUUCUCCACUGCACAGCCAAAGUAACGGCAAAGCUGAGUCCGCAGUCAAAAUUGCAAAGAAGCUAAUCAAAAAAGCUAAACGAAACAACAGAGAUAUACAAUUAGCUUUACUCGAAUGGAGAAAUACCCCCGAUGUAAAUGGUUCAAGCCCAGUACAGAAACUGAUGUCCAGAAGAACUAGAACCAGAAUUCCUACAGCUGAAGCUUUACUUAAACCACAAAUAGUAGACGGGGUUCCAGAAAAUAUCAAAAUCAAAAGGCAAAAGGCAAAGGCAGUUUAUGACAAACAUGCUAAACCUUACCAGA